GUGAAAUUUUUACUUAUGUGGUGUUUAAAAAACCGUUCCCUCAUUUUUGUUGUGCGAGUUGUGGAAAAAAAAAUCAAAAGUUACCGACUGAUUUGGCGGGUUUUUAUGGCGGCAAUUUGAAAAAAUGAAAGGCUUUGAAGACAACGACUGUCGCUUGUGUUCAAAAACAUUCUGUUGCCCGAACUGCCGCAUCUUACACGAGGAAAAAUUCCACAACGUGAACCCGGAGUGUGAAAUUUGCGUUUACGGCCGGGCUUCCCUUAAAAACGCCUCAGUUUCGCUACUAAACCACAUAAAAACCGCCCAUUGGCCCUUGCAUUGUGUUUUUUGUAAAAAACUGUUUACUUCUUUUGACGACCUUCUCUCGCAUGAUAAAUGUCCUUUUAAGCUUGAAACGCUCAAAAUGGAAACAACUCCAAAAACUCCAGUCACUUCACUGACAGAAACCGAAAAGCCCUCGCCUGAAGUAACCCCCUUUUACAAGGCGACUGAACACGGGGCCCUCAAAACCAGGACCAUGGGGGCCACGAGCACGCCCCUGAUUCACAAAGAUAGCGACAAAAGCGAUAAAAUCACCCCGAUUAAUCAGAGCGAAAUUAUCUACCAUAAAUCAAGCUUGAAGCUAACAGGGUCGUCGAAUUUCAGCGACUCCAAGAAAAGCGACCGCAGGGUCACUUUUUCGGAAACCCCCUUUGUGAGUGAAAUGUGCAAAAAGCCCAAGUAUUUACCUUUGCCUAAACAAAUAACGAAUGAAAAUUCAAACGUUUCCAAUGACGACUCAACCGAUGAACUGGAAUUGUACAAAACAGCCCCUCACACAAUUCUAGAAUGCGAAGAAAAGGAGAAUUUAGAUAACAUUGGCGUAUUUAAUAAUUGUGACGCUAAUAACGACGGGACCUUAUGGGAAAGUGCUUUAACAAAAUUGGAUUUCAGCGGCUGUAAUAACAUCAUUGAGAAGAUUGACAACAAAACGAAUAAUUUUAACGUUUCGCUGCAAAUAAAUGUGUUCAGCCCGCCAAAUAGUCCAAAAUCGAAAAGCAACGACGCUGACUUGUCUUUGAAUAAAUCCACAAACAUUUGGUCCUCUGUGACAAGCAUGGUCAAGUCGGUCGUGAGCAACAUCUCAAUGACGGCGCAGAGUAGUUUUUCAGGCGUAGGUCUCAAAAGGCCGCAGCCUGAUAAUGACGCACUUUGCGACGCCCCACAUUUGAAGAGAAUGAAACUGACCGACAUUAAGUGCCGACGGCCAAUCAGGACCAUAAGUCCCUUGUAUCAAAUAAGACUCGCACGCCCCCGUUAUGUAGACAAAGCGACUCAAACCGACUAAAUUUGGAUGUGAUUUUUACCAAACUACAUUUAACUACCCUUUUUUGUAUUUAAUGUAAUUACUUUGAAAUAAAUUAUGUGAUAAUUAA